AUGGCCCUUCCCCCGCAUGAUAUGGGGCUGGCGAUGUCACCGACGAGCUCCCGGUCGGUGACGGAGACGGUAAACGGUUCCCAUAAGUUUGUGAUCCAGGGUUAUUCCCUGGCUAAGGGGAUGGGAGUUGGGAAGCAUAUCGCGAGCGACACCUUCACGGUCGGGGGGUUUCAGUGGGCGGUGUACUUUUAUCCCGACGGCAAGAAUCCCGAGGAUAACUCAACGUAUGUUUCGGUUUUCAUCGCGCUUGCGAGCGAGGGAACAGACGUGCGGGCGCUCUUUGAACUCACUCUCGUGGAUCAGAGCGGCAAGGGCAACCACAAGGUGCACAGCCAUUUUGAUCGGUCUUUGGAAAGCGGGCCUUACACCCUCAAGUACCGGGGCAGCAUGUGGUAAUAUUUCCGUCCAUAUAAACGAUUUUUCCCUCUCUUAAUUAAUUCCUACUGCCCUUGGCCAGCGAAUAACCCUGUUUUCCGAACGACAGAUCUGACUUAUGGCUCCAAGUUUUUCAAUACAAUGCCUACCCUUAAGAAUUGUUAGGUUUGUUGAAUGAUAGAAGUUCAUAUGGCGCUGAUUUGCUUAUCGUCCCCUACAUACCGGGUUAUGUUGAUUCUAUUAAUGAGGAUGGGAAGUUGAAUUAUGUACUUUACUAUGCUUUAGGCCAACAUGGCCUCAUACUUUGGUUUGAAAUGACCCUUCAUUUCAUAUUUUGGACAUCGUAUCGUGGCUCUAGUGGCUUUGAUUUGAUCCGAAUGCCAUUAUGGCUCCGAUUUGUUUCACGAUUUUUGCUUUCCCUGACAAAGCUGAGACUAUUAGUGUGGGGCCUAGACAGGGUAACAAAGUAGGGGACCAAACAAGAAUUCAGCCGGCUGUUCUCGGUGGUGAACCUGUGCUAAUUCCAAAUUUUUACCCUUGUCUGCGAUUUUCUUUAUAGCUUCUUUCGAGAGGAGCAAUGAGCCACAAUGUUCUUGGAUAAAUUUAUACUUAAACCUGGCACAGUAUUGAAGUUCUGUUAAUGUGAGCAGGCGUCUUGCAUGAAUUUUAGCCUGUUAUUUGUCACCUGAAAUUUAACUUGUCACCGUCCAUAUUUUCUCUGAACAUAGAAUUCUCUUUGAAUAAUGUUAGUACAGGAUACCUUCAGUAAGUUUUCUGUGGGGUUUCAUUACACCAAAGGUUGUGUGUGGUCUUUUAUGGAAGGUAAUUUUAAAUUGUGCUCGUAUGGGACUCAGUCUAAUGAAAGAUGUUUUCCGCUAUACGUGAUUUAGGAGAUAUUGUCAAUGCCCUCUGGUUGAACAACCUUCAGGAGCGUCUCAAGACAUUGCUUUUUUUCUCUUUCCGUGAGUGGAACUCAUUCAAGGAUUUUUUCAUGGUUUUGUAUGUGAUGUAAGUGGAUGAAGUAUUUGAUGAUGGUCACGAAUAGGUUUAUCGUUUUCAAGGGAUUUUGAGAAGUCGAUUCUUCAUUGUAUUUCAGUGGCACAGAUCUGAAUUGGUUAGAACAAUGCUGGAUCAAAUUGCUGUGUUGAUGAUGAAUCAUGUAAAGUUUAAAUAUUUGAAUUUGGUUAACUGCUUAUUUGAUUUUUAUUCUGCUUAUUUUUUAUCGUUGCUUAUGAUUUUGUGGAGAUGCAAUAAUAGUUUCCUUUUUCAUUCCAUUUCAAUUGUAAAAUUUUUAUUAUUUUUUCGUUUUGUGUAGUUCUUCUGUUGUAGUAUGGUACUAACCUUUGCAUGAACGGUGAAUUAUGGUGCCUUGCAUUAAUUGCUGGAGCCGGCAGGGCUUAUUCUCCUGAUUGGAAGGAAAAAGAAAGCAUGAAGUUGAGAUUAAGCGAGUCUCUAAUUGGGUGAUACCAAGAAUCUGAAAAAAGUUGUGCAGAUUUGAAGGGGAAUAUUUGUGCAGUCUCUUCUGUAUUUUUUCUUAAUGAAAUUUUGUCCCUUUUGAACCGGACAACAGCUGUGUAGAAAUCUCAGCAAAUAUAGUUCCAUAUUACGCCCAAGAUUGUGUUGAUGAGAGUGAUCUUGAGGGAUUCUCAAGGUGUACCCCAGAUUGUGUAUAAUUUUUCCGUUGAAGUAUGAGUUAUUUCGAAAUGUUUGCUUUUUGUUGAAGUUUUUCUUAGAGCAUAAGGCUCUAUAAUAUUUCGAAAUUUAACUGAUGAAUUCGCUGUCUUAUUGUGUGCUAUUGCGUUUCAUAGAAUUCCAUGGAAUGUCACCCUCUCAGAAGAACUAUGUGAUGACUCAUUGUUUGUCAUAAGUGUGUAUCAUAUCUGUCCUAUAUUCAAUAAAAUAUCGGUAUCCACAGUGAGAAAUUUAUGGGGUUUUUCCGGUUAUGAUUAUGGAUACAUGAAAUAAAUACUCUUCAACUUUUUGAUAUCUGAAAUACUUACCUCUCCAAUCAACCAGCUCUAUCAUGUGCUUUGUUGCUAACUUGUUUAUUUUUUAAAUAGGGGCUAUAAAAGAUUUUUCAGACGAGCUGCACUUGAGACAUCUGAUUUUCUCAAGGAUGAUUGCUUGAAAAUAAAUUGCACUGUUGGUGUCGUAGUAUCCUCUAUGGAUUGCUCCAGAUUGCAUUCCAUAUACAUUCCUGAAUCUGACAUUGGCGAUCAUUUUGGCAUGCUUUUGGAUAACCAAGAAGGAUCGGAUGUUGUAUUUGAUGUAGCUGGUGAAAAGUUUCAUGCUCACAAAUUGGUGUUGGCUGCACGAUCUCCUAUAUUUCGAUCUGAGUUUUUUGAUUCACCGGGAGAUGAUAAAAGUGAAGUUGUCAUUAGUGACCUGGAUCCCAAAGUUUUUAAGGUGCGAUUAUUCUGAAUUCCCUAUUGUUUCUUCGAUGAUCAUGAUUAAUCUUUGGCUAAUAAUAUUAUGAUGUGAUUUGGUCAGGCAAUGCUGCAUUUUAUAUAUACGGACACUCUUUUGGAAGAGGAUUUGGCUUCCUCAAACAUACCAUCUACCUCUUUUAUAUCUGACUCACUGACGGCAAAGCUAUUAGCUGCAGCAGACAAAUACGAUUUGGGAAGGCUCCGUUUGCUGUGUGAGUCGUACCUUUGCAAGGAUAUAUCUGUAAAUUCGGUUGCUAGUACACUUGCAUUGGCAGAUCGUUAUCAUGCCUUGGAGCUUCGAGCUGUCUGCCUAAAAUUCGCAGCUGAGAAUCUUGCAGGUAAACAUUUGGAAGCUCCUUGAAGUUUAUCAUUUUGAGAAGAUUACUCUAUUUUAUACAAUGCAGUUAUGGAUAUGUAUGACUUCUAGGACCUCUUCAUUAACUUUGGAAUCCUUGCUCGCCUGCAUGUGUUCCUGCAUGGAGAGAAGAGUGUUGUCUUGAAGGUGGUAGUGUGUUCAAUAUACGCCUCACUUUCAUUUCUAAAGCAAGUUGAUACAUGGACUUGCUCUCUCUCUCUCUCUCUCUCUCUCUCUCUCUCUCUCUCUCUCUCUCUCUCUCUCCCUCCCUCCCUCCCUCCCUCCCAUCAUUGCUGUUAAUUCACUAGACAAAAAUCCUCAUACCAGCUAGAGUUUCUUUGGCCCCUUUUCUGUAGUAUUUUGUUUGACAUGUCACUUGGGCAGCCUUGGCAUAUUGGGUUGGGCUGAAAAGAUGUUUUCUUUAUGGUUUAGGUCUAGUUAUUAUACCAGAGGAUUGGUGUUCCGGGGAAGCAUCAUAUGAAACUGGGGAAGAGCAUCUGCAAUCCCAAUAAUUUUUAAUGCAUCUGCAUAUGUAGUGGUUUCAGCUCAGAAAUUAGUAGUGAGACUCUUUCGGUUUAGAACAAAAAACGAAAAAGGGUUUUAAUCCCGCUCCCCUCUGCUAUUUGUCAUUAAUUAGAUACUUCUUUUUAUAUGCCCUGCUCCGUCCCUUGUUUCUUCCUGUUUGCCUGAAUGACAUCAUUCGUUUUCCUCCUUUUCCAAUGAGGCGUAUUUACUGGUCAAAUUAUCAGUAAAAAGGGAGUCUGUGGGAGCGUGUGGUUAGUCGAAAACUGAAAAAGUGAAGGAAAAAGGAGCCCUCUGUGCAUCAUCACUGUCCCAAGGAACUUGCCGUAGGUCCAACCCGAGAAACCAACAACCUCAUAUUACCCGAGCCUCCCUCCCCCCAUGGCUGAAACUUAACAAACUUAACACAUCCAUCACCCUCCUCUUUUCUUUGAAAUAUUCUUGCUUCUCUUGGUACAAAACUCCCCCCCUGAAAGAAGCUUGUGUGUAAAGCAAGCCUCCUCCGGUGCUGCCACUGUAUGCUGCUUGGAUGAAACCAUGACAUUCUCCAAGUAUCCAAGGAAUAGUAAGUAGUUAGGGUAGGAGGAGAUGGCUGCUUCCACCCAAAUCCAACCCUCGGACUUGCUGUCUAUAACGACUUUUCUACUUGAGAAAAAAAUAAAUGGUAUUAAGUUGGCCUAGGCCCGCCCAAUCCGUGAUGCCGACGGUCCUUUUUAUUUGCUGUGUUCUGGUGUGCUCCCCGUCGUGCUGAGAAAAGAUGGCGUGGUGUAUGGUGGAUGCGCAGCGGUGAUGCGGUCUACCGGGUUCGAGUACCUCAAGGAGAACUGCCCGUCGCUGCAGUCGGAGCUGCUGAAGACGGUGGCGGGUUGCGAGGAGGAGUGCAGCAGCGGCGGCGGCGGCAAGAGCCGCAGCGUCUGGGGCCAGCUCUCCGACGGCGGCGACACCCCCGGCCGAAGGGUAAGGCAACGGACUUGA